GCGACGUAGAUAUACAGAGUACAUACACUACCAGAUCGAACAAACACCAUCUGCAGUGUGCCGGCUGAGAGUGCAUAAUAGUAUUGAUGGAUAUGGAGUUGCACGUUAUUUGACGUGUUUAUAUGGAGGAUAGCAUGGCCGUCUCCCGCAGUUGAUCAUCCCCCGUUAAACAAGCCUCUGUUUGGCAAAUAUAAUAGACAACCCGCUACUACAAUGGAACCAAAUACCGAUGAACUCGAGUCCUUCAGGCGUCAAUGGCGCGAGGAAGUAUCUGCCAGGACUAGGGGUACUGCUACUUCGCAGUCCAAACCUCGACAGACUCCAAAUCUGCUUCCUAAUGCUUUGUCGACCCAUAAACUCCCUUCGCGACAUCCGGCGGCGGACCAGGUAGAUGAAGAAGAAGUGAUGAUGGUAGCAGGGGGAGUGUCUGCGCCGCACAAGCAUGAAGAACUGGUAGAUCAGACACGGACUCUCCAUGUCACUUCUCGCGAUGAUGACGCUUUCCACCGCCAUCCAGAGAAACCGCCAACCUCCGCCCUCGAACACUUCGAGGCUGCGGCGCGGAAGGAAGCUCAGGGGAACCUGGGCUCCAGCUUAGACUUGUACCGGAAAGCUUAUAGGCUUGAUUCCAAGGUCGAUCAAGAAUACCGGAAGAAGCACUUUCCGCCAGCCUUGAAAUUGCCGGGCAUCAACCCUUCAGCAGCUCCAGUUACUGUCCCAAAUACUACCCAUCAUUCACAGGAAGGACCCGUUCUGUCUACAGCGGAGCUAAUUGCCUCAUUCGCCUCAAGUCCUAUUCUCGGUGUUGACCGAAUCAUUGAAGGCACACCACCCCCGCCCUGCCCAAUCUCCAAAGUCCCAUCCGAAGUACUUGUGGAAAUUCUCUGUCAUGUUGCCCUUUUGGAUCCCGCUACUUUCGGACGUCUAUCCCUUGUUUGUAAACGACUGGCAUAUCAUUUUGCUCAUGAGAAACAUAUAUGGAGGAGGUUAUGUCAGGGGCCUGAAUUCGGUUUUGGGGCCAUGCACUAUGACUUCGCUUGUGACGUGAAUUGGCAUCGGAUAAACUCAUUUUUGCCAAAAUUCACUCUUUUCCCCUUCGGACAGACUCAUAGUCUACAGAUCCCAAAACCCCUUAUAUCCUGGAGUCAAGUAUUCCAGGCCUUCCCCAGGAUCAGAUUUACAGGAAUAUAUAUCAGUACUGUCAACUACAAUCGUCCUGGUGCGAAUUCCUCUCUGCAGAAUAUCUCCUGGAACACUCCAAUCCAUAUCGUGACAUAUUAUCGUUAUCUGCGUUUCUACCCGGACGGUACCGUAAUAUCGCUGCUGUCGACUACCGAGCCCGUCGACGUUGUUCCCCAUAUCAGUAAAGAAAACCUCGAGAUCCUGCAUGUUGGGACGCCCGCCCACCGUCGACGCCAGCAUCACACCUCAGAUACCUCAGAUACUACUCAAACGGCGGCUCCUGUUGCAAACCCAAUUCCUCCAGUUGCCGCUGCCGCACUGAAACAUAGUCUUCGCGGUCGAUGGCACCUUAACAACCCUUACCCGCCACCACCACCUCCCGCAGUAUCCAAUGAGCCAGAAGGAUCGGCCAGCGCUCCGCCUAUAUCUUCAGCACUCCUAGCCAAUCCAAAGCCACCACCAAGCAAAUUCCGACUAGCAGCUACCGCGUCCUCCGCUACCAGUGGCAAUAAUGACCUACCGGAUCCCCGUGAUCUGUUUGUAGAAACUGAAGGUGUAGACCCAAAAUAUACGUAUACAAUGCACCUAGCGCUCCGAUCGACCAGCGGCGGCCGGCAUGUGGGGGAGCACGUCACGUCAUCACCGCCAACGUCAAACCCGUCAAAAAACACGAAGCUCAUGUGGAAGGGAUUUUGGAGCUAUAAUCGACUCACGGACGAUUGGGCCGAGUUUGGGUUGCGGAAUGAUCGGGCUUUCGUAUUUAGGAGGGUUCGGGGGUGGGGGAUGGAGUAGAAAUUGCGGCUACUGCGCUGGCGCUUGCUGGUUUUGUUCUUCAUCGUUUUUCAUCUACCAUUUACGACUCCUAAAACAUAGCGGGCGAACAAUUUUUACUUCUUUUGUUUGUUUUAUGAUGCCGGACAUGAUUUAAGAAGUUUUAUAUCACUGUUGGUGGAAAUCCUAGUUAUGUUCAGUGCUUAUGUAAACAUUUUGCGAGUAUACACUGACACUGCAUAUACCAUGCCAGGCGGAAUAUAUAUGCGAGGAGUAAGAAAUUAUAUAGACGAAAUAGGGAAUUAAAGAAGGGGUAUCAUGUUUUCGAUUGUAAAACGUAUUUCGUAGUCUGUAAAUGAAGGUGGCCAACAAAAUCAACAUAUCAACAGCUAGAAUGGUAAUACCACCCAAUGUAAUACAAGGACACAAAUUAUC